AUGUUACAGUCCAAUCAAUCAGUUAGUCACACCGCCCUGCGCUUUGCUUUUGAAAGAUUGGCACACACCUGCCAACACGACGGUCACUCCAUGAUCAACGGAUACUACCAAGUCGAGACCGAUCGACUCAACUACAUCCGGUGGCAUCAAUAGACCCUGCGCUUCAUCACGGCACAAGGCAUCAACAGCUUGACCCUGGACCAAAUUGCAUGUUCGAUGAUUUUGGGCUCGACAUUCAAGAAUAGACCGCGCGACAUCACGCCGCGAUACCAGGAUGCGAUGGCGUGCGUUCUCGAACAUGGAAAGGCUCCGCUGUUCAUCACGGUGACGUGCGACCCCAAAUGGCCGGAAAUCAAGGCUACACUGGGGCCGAACGACAAGACCUGCAACUGUCUGUAUCUCAUUGCACAAGUGUUUGAAGCCAAGUCCGGCAACAAGCAACGGGCAGGCUGUUUCGACAAUGAAUGGAGGAUGAAUGGCGAAUUGCUUCAUUGCUGUUGUUCGUAUUAUUUUUCUUGA